AGGUAAGUGACUGACUGCUCCACUCCAAACAAACUCCAAGCAUUUACUCAAGUCGUGGUUUGUAUUCCCAACAGAUCCUGUUGUGGAAGUCAUGCCAGAGUCUGUCUGGACAAAUGUGGACAGUUCUGCACCAGUCAUUGCUGAUGUGAGUGAAGUACCGGUACUAGACUGUUUGUCAGUUAAGAGUUACAGAAGCAUUGUUCUUGGAGGAACAAUUGAUGGCAUCCACGCUGGACAUAAAAUCCUGCUGAGUGAGUCGGCGAUGAGAGCAGAAGAGAAGAUUACAGUUGGUGUGACAGACAUAUCCAUGCUGCAACAAUAAAGAUCUACCUGGCACCCCAUACGUGAUUGGUCUGACCGGUGGC